GGUGUAGUGGAAAUAGAAGGAUGUGGACAGGAUGGGAGAGACGUGUCCGGGCGGCCCAAGAGGACUAAGACGGCCCUGCAGACGACGGAGGAGCCUUUUGACACGUCUUAAUGACGGAGAACACCCAGCCCACUCCUUCCCAGGGGGAGUUGGUGCCGGCAGGCGAGGGAGGGGGUGGCCAGCAGGUGGCCGGGGCAGACACAGCCACUCCGGCGCCAAAUGGCGAACAGGCACGUCAGCCAACUGCUGGCGAGUCGUUUAUGGCCAUUACUAAAUCACUUAUAAUCAGAGCAAUUAUAAUCUACUUCAUCACAUCAUUUUUCAGACGUCCUUCACAACCAACUGGGCCUCAAGAUGGACUGGAGGGUCAAGUAGAUCAUAGUGGACGUAUUCCCGCCACCAAUCUUUUCGAGGAUAGAAGUACUCUGGAUCUUCACGUGUACAUGUGCGAGUCCGAACACUUUACCACGUUUAGUGAUCUCAAGGCUUUAAUUUGGUUGAAAGAGGACAUUGUUUAUGGAGACUGGACUGGUGGACCUUAUGGAGAUGGCACCUACACACACACCAUUAAUUUCCCUGCGUCUGAGCGGUUACGGAACAAUGGCUCUUUGUUCAUCCAUGUGUUCUUUGUGAAAAGUGGGUUCUCCCCUGAUCCUAGCAGUGAACUAUACAAUAAGAAGUACACAUUAUACAGCACACAACGCCUCAAUAAGUACAAGCGACGCCGCUACAAGAAAACGAGCAAUCUAAUCACUGGAGAAACAAAGCUUACAGAUGAGGAAGUUUUGAAAGCGGAUACACUGAAAGAAGAAAUCGUGUCACACUGGCACCCCAAUCUGACCAUCAAUAUUGUCCACGACUUUACGCAGUGGACGCGUGGUGCUGUGCCGCCACCUCUCGACGAGUAUGUAGAAUUCACGCCGGCAGGAGACAGGUACAAACCCAUUACAUUCCUGAACACAUACUGGAACCUGGUGAAGGACUACCAGGCCAUCAACAGCUCUUCUGAGAACCUGGAGUUAAGUCUCACCUUCCAGCCUUUGUCCCUCUUCAAGUGGCAGCUGUAUGCAGCCCAGGCCAUGAAGAGCAGAUGGCCAGGGACAGCGAUGUUGGAAGGUUUGGGAGGGGAUGAGGAUGAGGAGGAUCAGGACACCAUCAAGGAAGCCUUCCUGGAGACGUCACCAUACCUACUGGGUCUCACCAUCGUCAUCUCUCUCCUCCACUCGGUCUUUGAGUUCCUCGCAUUUAAGAAUGAUAUUCAGUUUUGGAACAACCGUGAAAGUCUUGAGGGUCUGUCGGUGCGUUCAGUGUUCUUCAACGUGUUCCAGUCGGUUAUUGUGCUCCUGUACGUGCUAGACAAUGAGACCAACUUUGUCAUCAAGGUGUCCUGUUUUAUUGGGCUUGGUAUUGAGUUGUGGAAGAUUACCAAGGUAACGGACGUUUCUCUUAACCGUGACAAUAGGAUCAUGGGCAUUCCUACCAUCAAAUUUACCGACAAAGGGACAUACAUCAAGUCCAUGACAAGGCAAUACGACGAGCUAGCCUUCCGGUACCUGUCAAUGGCGUUGUUUCCGCUGCUAGGUGGCUACUGCGUCUACUCUCUCAUCUACCACGAGCACAAGGGAUGGUACUCCUUUGUGCUGUCAAUGCUCUAUGGCUUCCUACUCACCUUUGGAUUCAUCAUGAUGACUCCACAAUUGUUCAUCAACUACAAACUCAAAUCUGUGGCUCAUCUUCCAUGGAGGAUGCUUACCUAUAAGGCCUUGAAUACCUUCAUUGAUGACAUAUUUGCCUUUGUCAUCAAGAUGCCAACCAUGUAUAGGUUAGGCUGCUUGAGGGAUGAUGUCAUCUUCUUCAUCUUCUUGUAUCAGCGUUACAUCUAUCCUGUCGAUUCUUCUAGAGUAAAUGAGUUUGGGUUCUCCCAAGACAUGGAGAAGAAGGCGAAGGAGAUGAAGGAAGCAGCAUCACUGGGCAAUGGUGCUGCUACACCUGAGCUAGAACCACUCAAGUCUCUGGAAGACAAGAAGGAAGAUUAAUAUUAUGGAAAUGAUGGGUUAGUUAAUGUAGUAAACAAAUUGUUUUAUAUGGGUAUCUUUCUCAAGACAGGACGUGGACGACAUGAAAUGGCUCGAGAAGACACUUGCAGUAUUCAUAAAGUAAUUAACGCCUCUGAACUUGGCUGUGCGAACAAGUCUUAUGACAAAUAUUUUAUGGCUGGAUUAUAUAAGGAUUAGGAUGCUUGAACUUUAUUUAACGGAGCAGAAUAGUUUUGCUCGUACAAAGCAAUUCUUUCAAAUUACAUAUGUUUUAUUUUUAUGACUGAAAAGCUGUAAGAGUUUAAAGUUUGCAGAAUGGUGAGGCUGGACUCAUUGUACGAGGGAGCCAGAUUAUGUAAUGGUGAUAGUUAAUGUUUAUAGUUAACCAUUAACAAAUCCACGGCACCACUGGCAGUGAAGGAUGAGAUUAGUUUUGACAUGUGUAAUGAAGACUUGGAGGAGAAUAUAGACUUUUUUUUUUAUAGUCAAGGGACUUGUAGGCUAAACAAAAAUACAUGUGGUUCAAAUUACAUGCUGCCAAAUAAAAAAAAACUGGUUUUAAGAGCCUUUUUCACAUCGGUGGAGAUACCUCCACACCCAAUAGUUUUAAAGUGCUAAUGAAUAUGGCCCUUAUGCUUAAAAACCAAUAAUUGAAUGUUAAAUCGGGCAAUUUUUGCUAUGUGUCGCUUAUUUGAGGCAGUGUCAUUAUACUUGCGUCUAUGUACGUGUGCACUGUCUUGUCGCUGGGUCGCGUUACGACUACAAAACACCUAUCAAGUUCAGAUUUUGAGUAAAGGGAUUUGCAAGGAUACUAAUUAAAUUGCCAAAAUCUGUACUUGUAAAACCCAUUGUACAUUCUUGUAUAUAAAUAAAUUGUUAGUGCUAAAUGUGCAAUUUUGUUUGUUUUUUUGUUUUAGCACCAGCUUGUUCUGUUGGGCUGCUGUUAUUAAGUCUGUGAGUGAGCGUUGUGAAUAUUUGUUACGUCUUUCGUUCCGGAAUUCGAGUAAUGAUUAGCAAGUGCAGUAAUUAAGUUUUUCUUACAUGUCGUAAACAAUUCAAGAUAUUGCUGUAAGUUAUGUAAUAUACAGCGCACAAUAUACUUGAUUUGCAUAUUUACUGAAAAUAAUAAUAACCGGUAAUUCAUUUAGAGUAACUUGAUCUUUCCCUUCAUCAUUAGACGUUUCAAAGGAAUGCUAGUGUGUGAAAUUCUUUUGUGGCCGUUUCUUAAACAGCCACAAAGAAAUUGUGCUUCGUUUAAGCAAACUAAAAUAUAACAGCGAGGAUGCAAGAAAUAGCGGAAAUUAGGAGGAAAUUAUAAAGAUGGCAGUGGACUAGGAUUUCCUACAAUACCCAAAUGGCAUAUUAAUUAAGCCUGACCAGUGUAUUAAAGUAUGGUAUUAUAAAAUUAUCCUUUUCCUUACUUUUCUGUAAUUUAAAAUAUUUUUUCUAGGCUUUCAGACAUUCACAUUUGUAAAUUUUUUAGCGAUACGUGGAAUAUAUGGAUGUGUGUGUUUGAUUUUAAUCGCACUGUUUCUUAGGAAUGCAGAAUUUUAUUGUGUUCAACGAGAAUGUUACCGGUGAAGUGUUGGCGAUGUUAAAUAUGAUUGUUUACUUGUAAAUAUCCUUUUGUGGAUGAAUAAUUUUAACAUUUUAGUUAUAAAAGCAAUGGGCCAAUUUGAUUAUUUUUGCCCAAUUAGAGCUGGGUAAUUAGAACUAUAUGUAAUGUUUUGUUUGGCCUUUAAUAAAGUUAAUAUAAAG